GGCCGUGGUAGGGCACCGUACCCGGACGGGCCCAGGUGUGCCCGGCCUGGCCCCAUGGCCCUGGUCACAGUGAGCCGCUCCCCUCCGGCCAGCGGCCACUCCACGCCUGUAGGGCCCACGCAGGACCAGGCAUCCAAGCGGAGAAGCCGGCUCCAGCGAAGGCAGAGCUUUGCAGUGCUCCGUGGGGCUGUCCUGGGACUGCAGGACGAAGAGGACAAUGGAGAAGCAGCUGACGCUGGCCCUGAGGCAGUGGAGGGACCCCUGGGGGAAGAACAGCCCCACAGCGACCAGACAGACGAUGGGCAGGGGCCCCAGAGUCCCCAGAAGCAGCAGCAGAGUCAGCACCUGCACCUCAUGGUGGAGCUGCUGAGGCCACAGGACGACAUCCGCCUGAACCAAGGACUAAACAGAACCAGCAGGGUCAGCCGGGUCUGCUGGCCAAUGGGCCUGGUGCCCCUGGCAGCGUCAGCCGGGCCGCAUACCCUCUGCUACAGGGUCAGCCACAUCUUGAACGUGGCCCGCGAGAUUGACAACUUCUACCCCGAUCGCUUCAUCUACCACAACGUGCGCCUCUGGGAUGAGGAGUCAGCCCAGCUGCUACCCCACUGGAAGGAGACACACGGCUUCGUGGAGGCCGCGAGAGCACAGGGCACUCGGGUGCUAGUCCACUGCAAGAUGGGCGUCAGCCGCUCAGCUGCCACGGUGAUAGCUUAUGCCAUGAAGCAGUAUGGCUGGAGUCUGGAGCAGGCUCUGCGCCACGUGCAGGAGCUCCGGCCCAUCGCCCGCCCCAACCCUGGCUUUCUGCGCCAGCUGCAGACCUACCAGGGCAUCUUGACCGCCAGCCGGCAGAGCCACAUCUGGGAGCAGAAAGUGGGUGGGGCUUCCCCAGAGGAGCCCCUCGCCCCCGAGAUGUCUACACCAUUCCCGCCUCUUCCGCCGGAACCAGGGGGCAGUGGGGAGGCGAAGGCUAUGGGUUUGGAGGAGAGCCGGUCGUCAGCCCUGAAAGAGGAGCCUGGACCACGGCCCCGUAUCAACCUCCGAGGGGUCAUGAGGUCCAUCAGCCUCCUGGAGCCUUCCUCGGAGCUGGAAAGCAUUUCAGGGGCCAGUGAUCUGCCAGAGGUGUUUUCUUCAAACGAGUCUUCAGAAGAAGACCCUCCGGUGCCCUUCCCUCAGCUCUCAAAGGCCAAGGGAGGCGAGCCGGGUUCCAAGGGGCCUUGGCCUGCCCUGAAGUCCCACCAGUCUGUGGUUGCCCUCAACAGCGCCGCCCUGGUGGCCAGCCGGACCCGGGCCUUGCAGGAGCAAGCAGAGGCCGGCCGUUCCUCCACACCCAGGCUCCGGAAGGUGGUGAGGCAGGCCAGUGUGGAUGGCAGUGGGGAGGAGGGCGAGGCUUGAGCCCUCACACAUGCUCAUGGCCCCCUAGACACAAAUAGAGGCGCCUGAACACAGCUCCUGGGACGAGCGCCCUUCAUUCCUGUCAGCUUGUCCACGUUCCUUUUAGCUCCUCCCCAGUGGCCCCGAGAUUCCAUCACUACAGCCUCAGCUCCUAUGGCCUUAAGUCUCAGACAUGUCCACCUUUCCAAGGGCUCAAGAUCUUCUCUAUAACGGGGAUGUGACAGAGACUGAAAGUGCCUUUGGGGGCCAGAGCACCUUGCUUCAUUCCCAGCUGCUGCCUGAAACACUCACUUGCAGCCAGGGAACAAACCCAGUGAAGAAAGGCUCAUGCUUCCUCCCUCACCCACUCCCAUGUGCCUCACCCCUGCCCCUCUUCAUUCCUGGGGCCCGCUAGGCCAGAGAACCAGUGGCCCUUAGAGGCCAAGAGUAACCUCAGUUCCCAGUUCUGGAGGCUCUGAGGAGCAGAGAGCGGUCCCGCCGAUGGGGCCUUCCUCCCGCACUCCACAACCAGCCCGUCUUCUGCCGUUGUCCCCCGCCCCACGCCACUCCCAGACAGCAGUGCGCUGGGUCACAGGGCACCAGGCCAAAGAAAGUCUUCUUCUUGUCCUUCACGGCCUCUGGCCAGUUUUUCACAGUCUUAAUAGUAUCUGGCU